UUAUCAGCUCUGUCUUCGCUCUUGUCAGUGAUCGGAGUUCUCCAAAUCAGUCGACUGUAGGAAAUUUACGGUUAUCAAAAGUUGCGGAAACUGGAACCGAGAUGUCCAGACAAGAAGUAACUGUGAAACUCUUGUCAACUCUCUUGGGACUAGCCACAUCUUGUGCGAUCACGUACUUUGGCGUCCGAUGGCUUGUGAAUGCCAUGGACCCAACUCACAGAGAGAAAAAAGCCGCUCGUAAAAAGGCAGAGGAAUUGCUGCGACAAGUUGGUGUGGAAGAUGUCAAGUUAUCAGACUAUGAGUUGUGCAUUGCUGCUAACAUUGUGGAUACUUUAACAAUCAACAUGACAUGGGAUGAUAUUGGAGGACUAGACAGUGUCAUUGAAGAGAUCAAGGAAAGUGUGAUCCUGCCAUUCAGGGAAAGACAACUCUUCUCAGACUCAGUUCUCCUGCAACCACCAAAAGGUGUGCUUCUGUACGGCCCUCCUGGAUGUGGGAAAACAAUGCUGGCUAAAGCCACAGCAAAGGCUACUGGUGCAAAGUUCAUCAAUCUUCAGGUAUCUUCUCUAGUAGAUAAGUGGUAUGGGGAAUCCCAGAAGAGGGCAGAAGCUGUUUUUUCUUUGGCCAUGAAACUGCAGCCAACUAUUAUUUUCAUAGAUGAAAUUGACUCCUUCUUGAGGUCACGGUCAUCUAAUGACCAUGAAGCAACUGCGAUGAUCAAGACACAGUUUAUGAGUUUUUGGGACGGACUGAUCACUGAUCCCAAGUGUCAUGUCAUGAUCAUGGGAGCUACCAACAGACCUAAAGAUGUGGAUGCUGCCAUCUUAAGACGGAUGCCCUGUAUGUUCCAUGUUGGUCUGCCAGGAAAAGCUCAGAGGGAAAAAAUUCUAAAGAUUAUCAUGCAGAAAGAAAAGAUUGGAGAUGAUGUGAACUUCAGUCAGCUUGCAGAAGCUACAGAGGAAUUCUCUGGAAGUGAUUUACGUGAAACUUGCAGAAUUGCAGCAAUUAACAGGAUACGAGAAUACCUGGUGUCUCGUGAGAAUUCCGUAGAUCAAUCACACAGACAAGCUGAAGAUCGCCAGAUUACGAUGAGUGACUUGACUUUAGCUGUCGGGAAGAUGAGACAAACAAAGUUAUCGGCAAUCAGAGCCCCAAUGCCUAUAGAAGCAGACUGAGUUUCAUGAGAAUUAUAGAAUAUACAUGUUUGUAGUCAGCUAAAGGGCUGUACAAUUCAAGAAUAUGAUUUUGGUUUUUGUUUUCUGGGCAUUGUGUAAGAGAUAUUUCUGAAUUGUGUGUGUAAGUUAUUACUGUGUACAGAAAGUGUGAAUGAAAAACAACAAAAUGAUGUGUGUAAAAUGUAGACAUUUUUUUAUAGAUACAGUCGUUCUUGAUCAUGUUAACUAUGGGAUCAGUGUUGCAUUUUGUCAAUCUUUUGAUUGAUGUUCUGCUUUACUGCUAAGUAUAUUAGUCAUUAUGGUUUACAUCAGCAUUGAAAUAAUAAAUCCUAGGAAAGUUUUGUCACAGUUAUUAUAUAUUCAAGAAUAGUUAUUCAUCUUCAGUCAUUGAAUUGGGCUUAUGUAAUGCAUGGCUGUGUUUUAGAGGUGCUAGGUCAUCAAUAAAAAAUUGGUUCUUGGAAGUAACUGCCCCCUGCCAGAAAAAAAUAGGGCAGUAGCAAAAGUUUUUUUUUUUUCAAUCUGGCUAAUGAAAAAGAUAAGACUUUUAAAGAAAUUAACGUUGUUAUAAUAGUAAAGAAAUUCCACAUAAAGCCCAAUGUACAUUUUUGGUUGUAGGAUCUUUUUUUUUUUUAAUGAUGGCCUUCCUAAUGAAACACCUAUUGAUUUGAAGACAUCCGUGUAGUCAUUUGUUAUGGUAGAUUUAAACAAUUGACUACGCCUAUGCUUACAGCCUGUUAUGUGUUUAUCACCAUUAUUGGCCAAACAUUGUCUUGAGCUCGCCCUCUGUGUAUAUAUGUUUGUCAAUAUCUCCCUGGGAUGAACCUGUUGGAUUUUAUCAACAUUCAUGUUCAAGCCUGGAUAAAGUGUUUGUAUUAUGAACUGUAGCAGUUAAGUAGGCAGACACUCUAUAUAUAUUUGCAUUCCUCUUGAAUGUGGAAAUUUUGCAUUUGAGGUGCUAGCUUUUGAUACAGUCUGUUGAAGAAUUAAACAUACAUUUAGAGAUAUAAAGUUCUGUGAAUGGGUACGCUGAGAUAACAAUGAAAUUUUCAUAUUUUGGAUGACAUCCUGUUCAUACAGUAUGAUGAUGUGAUUUUAGUGUAACAAUGUGUAAAAACGUGUGUGAAUAUUAUUGUCCUCUAUACAUUUUGUAACCAAACUUAUGGACGUUUACACUUACUUGUAGAAAAAAGUCUUUUCUUUUAGCUUGUACAGCAGAAUUUAAUAAACUAACGACAUACACAAAAGUGUGACAAAUAGUAAGCCUACGUUUGAAUAUUUGUGCAUAGUAUUUCUUAUAUACUUGUAUAUACUCUUAUAAUAAUACG